GAAUGAGGCAGUGACUGCUCUCUCAGGAAUGAGACAGUUUUUGAUUUAUUGUUAGGGUUCCUAUAUCAACAAUUUGUUUAUCAGCGUAAGUCUCGAUCCAAUCUUGUUAUUGUACACCUCAGUACAUAACAAUUGGUAUCAGAGUAGACACGAUCCAUGGAGGGUUCGGUGGAUGAGGAACUAUUUUAUGCAUAUGAGGAAUUAAGUAAUCUUAGAUUGAAGUACAGCAUUGAAGAACUGGGCAAUUCUCCGUAUCGGGACCAAAAUCUCCUGAAGUGGUUGGUUCUCAUCAAUGAAGCAGAAAAGAAGCUGGAGUCUGCUUAUUACUCCAAUUUCAAAGCUUCUGAGGUUAUAGAAACAACGGAGAUUGAGGAGGAAAUGAACAUCGAAGAAUUGGUGGAAGAAGACUCAACUAACUCAGAGUUGGUCACUGAUUUCAGCCGUAAUUCGUCAAUACCAUUGGAAGAACAAGGAAAACCCAUCCCUUUUUCAGUCAAUUGAUUGAUAUUAUGGGUUCCCAAAUUGAAAUUGUUGCCAGCAAGAGGGUAAGGAGCUCCGACAACCAGAAUCCUGAUACAUCGUAUGAGAGGUAUUACGAGCACUUGAAGGAUUCGAUUACUCACCUCAAACUGAAUUGUGGAUGUGGUGUUGGUUUUGAUAAACUUCUUACAGCGUAUAUGCCAGCAAAACAAUUGGCUUACCAACGUAUUGAUGCCUCACCUUCAAUUGGAAAUUUGAUAUUGUUCCACUGUCUUUCUAUGCUUCUCCCGUUAACUUGAAGUGAUUUUAUACUUUCAAGAAGGGGGUUAGUUUUACACUAUCCAAUACGUGCACAGUUUAUCCAUGGAGUUCUUAUUAUUCUUGAGGAAGUUAAAAUGGUAAUUCUAUACUUUUUCAUGUUCGAUCUUAUGUCUUUUUAUUAUGCUCUACAUGAAUCUGUAUGCUUCUAUCGACCAAUGUGGGGUUUGGAAUCUCAAACUGAUGAGAAUUAUAAUUGUCUUGACUGCGCCCUUGUAAGGAUGGUGGGAAAUCAGCUUAUUUACACUAUGAUUCAAGUAUUAAAGUUGUUGAUCCUUGUGAGAUGGGAGUUCAAAUUGUUUCCUACAAUCUUAUGGGAUGUUGCAAAUGUUUGUGGAAUGAAAGGGGAUUCUACAACAGUUGAACAAAUAUUCCUGCUUCUUUCACGGAUUCUCAAAAUGGUGAAAAUAUUUGUUCAUCUUUUGAGCUGGGUAUGUCCAAGUAAUUCACAAGACUUCAAAAAAUCUAUUCAGGCUCAUGUUCAACAAGGAGGUACUAAGGUAAUUCGAUAUCCUCCUUGGACUGUUUUUCCUACUUUCAUAUAUUUUAUGGCGUGCUGCCGCCAAUUGUUGUGGGUUUUUAGAGUGUCAGACCACUUAGAGAGGAGCCUAGAGGUUGGACGUGAUGAAGGUAUUAUGUUGCAAAUCAAUCCUAAGGAGUCUAAGUAUCUUCCCAUGAUUAUCUUCUCAGUUUCCUUAACUGAUGGAGCUCAGUUUUACCUCUCAAAACAUCUUAUUUCUGACUGCAACCUGAGAUGGGGUUCUUGGAAUGAACUAAAGAAGUGUCUUCACUCGACUGGGGUAGAGUACUUGAGGUACAAUUUCAGAUUAGUCUCAGCAGAGUUGUGGAGUGCGCGAGAUGACGGUGGUGUUAUAUGGAUCCUCAUUCUGUUACCUGGAUCACCUUGUACUAAGGGUUGUAGUCGAUGGUUGUUUGACAGAGGAAGAAUGCAUCAGCUAUCAUCAUGGAAUUCUCAUUGGACAAGUUUCAAUGCUAUUUUUGUUUACAAAUACCAAGAAGUGAACCGUUAUGGGGAGAUUUGUAUGAUUUCUAAAAAGUGUUUAACAGUGUGGAGAUCGAAGAAAUGCUUUGUAAAUGGUGAACAGGGAAGCACGAAUCCUGCCAUGGUUGGUCUUAACUCAUGUGUUUCCCAGUUGGCAGUCUUCCUGUGGUGGCAGUGGACAACAAAUGGUGAUGCCCAGUUUGGUGGUGUACUGGUACAAAUUCCUGUAGGGAUCAUUACUGAAGUCUUCGUGCAGUUACCGGAUACUAACUCUGUUUUUGAAGAAGCCAUUAUGAGUACUUACCAAGCUGUAAGUAGUGAAGGUUAUGGACCGGUUUGCUGGUGGGCCUACAAACUCAAGUUAUUUCUAAAAUGUCAAAUAAGCUUUUUACUGGGAAAGUUUGUGCUGUUGUGAAGAAGAAAAACACUUCAAUCUCAAGAUCAAAUUUUGGUAAGAGGAACUGCUAUUAUAGCAUGGCCAUCUGCACCUGACAGGUUACAAGACAACUUGGACUGCAUUCUUCAUCCUUGAGGACAAGGAUGUUUAAAAGGGGUAGGUAUUGUCAUGUAACGGGAUUUUGGGAGGAUGGUACCCCGUAGCCAGUCCAGUGUCUGCCGUUAGCUGCUUGCUUUUAUUAGUGAUUAGUGAUAGUUUAGUUAACUUAAUCAUGUAAUUAGUCGUUAAUUCAGUUGUAAUGAGGGGGUAGGAUGUAAGCAUCUGGGGCAUUAUUAGUCGUAGGAUCUAUGGAGUGAGGUUGAGCUUUAUAAGCUCAAUUCUAUAAUAGUUAGGGUUAGGAACGAAAAAGAAAGUUAAGAAAAGAGUUGCUCUCUC